GUUCGACCACAAAAGCAAAAAUAUUGGUCAGCCUUGCCGCUCAACAUCACUAUCUAUUUUGAGGUUCCCAGAUCCACCACAUAAUAAGAUCUGCCUCAAGCACAACGACAAGAUCGAACUCCAACAGCUACCGUCUCAAUAGCCACAUAGGCUUCCAUCAAAGAAAAAAGGUCCGGUCGACCCAACCAACUGUGUUUCCAACACCAACCAAUCUCAACAUCGACCAAAAUGGUGGCUCUGGAACACCGGGAGGCGCGAGAGUCCGACAUUGACUCCAUUUGCGACACCUUCUUCUCUGCUUUCGCGGGUGACUAUGUCAUGGGCAAAUGCUUCCCAGACAUACCCACUGUUCGAGCAUUUUGGGUAGAUGGCCUACGGAAGGACAUUGCGGACCCGAAACACCACAUCAGAUGCAUUGUCGACAAGGAUUCACCGGGCAGCCCAGUCAUCGCCUAUGCGAAUUGGCAAGCUUGCGACGAGGACACCAUCCAGGAAGGACCACUAUGUCCCGAAGGAGGCGAUGAGGAAGUCGCCGAGAUCUUCUUUCCGCGCCUAAGGAAACGAAAAAUCGAGAUCAUGGGCGGUCGGAAGUACUGGUACUUGGCUUGUCUGUGUUGUCGGCCGACACACCAGGGACAAGGUGCCGGACGCCUAUUACUAAAAUAUGGUGUCGAGUUGGCAGAUAGUGAAGGAAAGGAGAUCUACUUGGAAGCCAGUCCACCUGGAGUACCUGUAUACACAAAGUAUGGCUGGAGGGAACAGGACCGGGUGAUAAUUCUUGACGGGGCAUUUACUGAGAUCUUGAUGAAAAGGGAGGCGAAAUCAUAGUAUUUAUGUUAUGCGGGUCGCCACGUCCAUUUCAUUGCAACCGUCGCGCUUGCGGAAUAACCUGCUCCUCGGAUAAUUGGACCGCUCGCUCAAUCUAUGCACGCUCAAUCAAUGAUAUUACUAGUACCACUCCUA